AUGGCUUGGUCCCAUCUCGAUAUCACCAAGCCGCACUUGGUCUACAUCAUCCUCGGCGGCUUCACUUCCCUCUUUAUGCUCUGCUCCUCCUUCAUCAAGGAGCGCAUGUACAUUGGGGAAGCUACCGUCGCCACCCUCUGCGGUGUCAUCUUCGGGCCCCAUGCCGCCAAUCUCAUCAACCCCAACGAAUGGGGCAGCGUCGACAUCGUCACCCUCGAGUUUUCCCGCAUCGUCCUCGUCGUCCAGUGCUUCGCCAUCGGCGUCGAGUUGCCAAAGUUUUAUAUGGAGAAGCAUUGGCGCUCCGUCGUCUUCCUCCUCGUCCCCGUCAUGGUCGCCGGCUGGCUCCUCGUCAGCCUCUUCAUCUGGUGGAUGAUCACGCCCCUAGACUGGCUCGAGUCUCUCGUCAUCUCGGCCUGCGUCACCGCAACCGACCCUGUCCUUGCAUCCUCCGUCGUCGGCAAGGGCAAGUUCGCAAAGCGCGUCCCCAAACACUUGCGUGACCUGCUCUCCGCCGAGUCGGGCUGCAACGACGGCAUGGCCUUUCCCUUCAUCUACCUUUCCCUCUACCUCAUCCAGUACCACCGAGAUGCCCGCGAGGUCACCUUCCACUUCGUUGUCUACGUCAUCCUCUAUGAGUGCAUUUUUGGUGCCAUCUACGGAUUCAUCCUCGGCUACAUUGCCCGCCACGGCAUCAAGUACGCCGAAAAGCACGACCUCGUCGACCGCGAGAGCUUCCUCGUCUUCUACUUCGUCGUCGCCCUCUUCUGUGCUGGCUCUGGUAGCAUUCUCGGCCUCGACGACCUGCUCGUCGGCUUCUCGUGCGGUGUCGGCUUCUCUAACGACGGCUGGUUUGGCGAGAAGACGGAGGAAUCGCACGUGUCCAACGUCAUCGACUUGCUUCUCAACCUGGCCUACUUUGUCUACUUUGGCACCAUCAUUCCCUGGGAGCAGUACAACAACAACGUCUUUGGCAUGCAGGCCUGGCGGCUCGUCGUCAUCGCCGUCUUUGUCCUCCUCUUCCGGCGCAUACCCAUCAUGAUGGCCCUCAAACCCUUCAUACCGGACGUUAAAAAUUGGAGAGAAGCCCUGUUUGCUGGUCACUUUGGCCCCAUCGGCGUCGGCGCAAUCUUUGUCGCCAUCCUCGCCAGGGCCGAGCUCGAGCACCAAGAGCCAGUGCCGCUGGCCCAAUUGCCACCCGAGAGCGCGGAGAAUUAUAAGCUCAUCUACCUCGUCUGGCCCAUCGUCACCUUUCUCGUCAUCUCGUCCAUUCUCAUACACGGCUCCUCCAUUGCCGUCUUCACUCUCGGCAAGCGCAUCAACACCUUGACCUUGACCAUGUCGUACACGGCGGCUCCCGACGAGGGGCCUUCGUGGAUGAACAGGUUGCCGAGAAUCUCGUCCCAGUCUCGAUCCCAGGCUAGGAUGUCCGAGGCUUCCUUUGACGAGCGCAAGGAGCCCGAGUUUCCGCCCGGCACCCUGGCUCCCCCCAUGGGCUUCCUGCGACGGCAAAAGGACGACGACGGGCACAAGCGCUCAGGCAGUGUGGCCUCUUCCCUGGUCUCGAGGAGGCGGAAGAACAAGAAGUGGGACGACGGGAUAGGCCCUGGCGGUCCCGUCUCCCAAUCCGCCAUCUUUCCCAACCGUCCGGCUCCCGUCAGCACAAACUCGGAAAAAGACGCCUCGCCUCUUGGGCAUGAAACCACCGACUCGACCACUCUAUCCGACGAUAGCCCCAAGUACAAGGACCCGGAAAAGGCUGAGGAAGCGGCAAAGGCCGAGGAAGCCGGUCAAGAUGUUGCCCAGCAUCGGCGAGAGUCAGCUGCCCCGCCUCCGCGCGUUGAAGUGUAUGAUGAAGGCGAUCACAUCGUCUUCGAGAAUGAGGACGGAGAGGUGCUGGAUGUCCAGCGAACCCCCCAGCGGAGCAACGAGGAGCUCCCGCGUCCCAACCUCGCGCCCAAGGCCAGCUCAAGUAGCGACCAUUUCAGCUGGUCACUGGGUGGCUUCAAGCGUAAGAUGAGCGAGGUGUAUAGCUCCGAGGUGGAGAAGCGAAAGGAAAAGGGCAAGAGCCACAGGCGGCACGAGCCGGCGCGGGCUUAUCAAUUUGGCAACACGAUCAUCGUCGAAGAUGGGGACGGAGAGGUCGUCAAGACGUACCAGCUGCCAUCGCAAAAGGGUGGGGGGAACGCAGAAGCAACGGCCGAAGAGGGCGAGGCCGGCGCGGCGUCCUCUAACACGCCAGCAACCAAGUCAUCAGGGUGGUCUGGUUUUGGCAGAGGGGCCGGCGCCGGACAGGCGAGGAGGAAGAGCGUCGGCCAAGAGGACGACGACAAGAACAUCAGAUUCACCAUUGGCGGUGUGGGGCAGCGCAUGACCAAGGAUGACUUCAUCCGAGAAGUACAACAGCUCGACGCGCGGACGCGCAAGGAGGUGGUGGAUCACUCGUCAGCUUCUUCGGCCAUCAAGAAGUUGGCGCAGGAAGGGCCGCCGUCUGCGAGGAUGGCCGGCGGGCAACCCAUUCCGGGCAUUGUCGAAAGAGGCAGUGACAACAGCAUGAGAGAGAGCAGCCGCAUCGGUCGCGGCCGCUCCAAGUCGAUUUCGCCGGGCCACCAAGCAUCCGCCUCGUCGAGCGAAUCGCCCAAGGGCCACCACACCCGGUCUCCGGAACUGGAUCAGACGGAGACGCCGGUUGAACGCAAGCGCCGCCUGGCCGUGCUGGCGAAUCAGGGCGAGGAAGACGACGCCGACGACGACGACGACAGCGAGGAUGAGGGCACAGAGCGAGUCCCGCCAGCGCGCAGAGGUAUUAGGUUCGCCGAGCCGCAGCGGGGCGCAAAGAAAGAUUAG